CAGAACCUAAAAUUUAGGCCCACAUCAAUAUCUAAUCCCGCCCCACAAUCUUUACCUAAUCUAGGACCGCAUUCUACACACAACCAGGCCCACAUUCAUACUCGAACCAGACCCACAAUCUAUACCCGAACCAGACCCAUUAUCUAUACCCAAUCCAGGCCCCAGCGUCCAGAGACAAAACCAGGCCUACAGCUUAUACCCAGUUCAGACUCAUAGUCUACACCCGAACCAGCCCCACAAUCUACACCCAAACCAGACUCAUAAACUACACCCAAACCAGACUCAUAAACUACACCCAAACCAGACUCAUAAACUACAUCCAAUCCAGGCCCCAGAAUCUAUGCCUGAUACAGACCACAAUGUUUACUCAUUCAGGCCCACAAUGUUUACCCAAUCCAGCCUCACAAUGUUUACCUACUCCAGCCCCAUAAUCUACUUCCAGACCAGGCCCUUGAUCUACACCCAGACCCCAUCAUCCGUGCCUGGUGCAAGCCCAUCACCACCGGCGCUAUCCUGGCCCCGCACUCCAGGCUCCAUGGCGCGGCCCUAAAAAGCGCGGCCCUAAAAAGCGGCCCUGGAACCCGCGGCCCUGGAACCCGCGGCCCUGGAACCCGCGGCCCUGGCCCCAACUACUCCACCCACCUGCUCCA